AUGGGCUUUUGGCCAUUCGGGGGAGGCAAAAAGAGCCGGAUAACUCAAGGCGAAGACCAAGGACGACACACUCUUCUGGAAAAGACACGGACAGAUCUCCGCGCCAAAAGAAACACAAGCUCCUCUCAAGAAUUCGUGACCAUGGGCCACACAGCGACUCAGCGCGGUCAAGACGAGAAGCCUCGAAGACUUUCGAAACAGCGGCUCCCUUCUCACCCCGGAAACGUCCCUCGGGCCCAGACGUUACCCAUCACUGGCCCUGGACGCGAGUCGCUCGGCUACCAAAAAGGCUCCAACGGGGGAGGCGGUGGCAUUCAAAGCACUGAUAUCUAUUCGCACAAUCCAAUGUCACAGACAAGUAUUGGCCCUGAAGAUUUCACGGCACUGCCACAGGCUCCCACGCUGCUAGCGAGGCGUCCAGGAUACGAUCCGACACUUCAUCGCAGAAAGUCGAGUAAGAGAAAGGCUGAGGACUAUGCUCGUGAGAGGGAGGUGCGUGCCAUGAGCUCUCCGAUCCAAGCCCUGAAGAGGCCGAUCACGUACUCAGGAUCUGGGCCACUACGACGAGACACUAAACAGAUUCCUGGCGACCUUAACAGGAGACUGCAACGGCCCACAUCAGAAGUGUCUUUACCGCUCCCGGAAACAAUACAAGAGUCUGAAGAUUUUGCCAAUCAAGCUUCUUUUAAGAUUGGAAUUCUAGCAGCAUUGAGCCCCCGCCCCACGCUUACAUACGUGGCAAGCCCUCGACCUUCGGCUGGAAAAAACCCCGCCAGAGUAAAGCCUUCCGUUCAGCAAGCUAUAGAGGAGGAGGAUCCUUCGUCGAAGAAAAGGAUAAAUGAGUUGGCGGACGAGCUCGACGCAGGAGGGUUGAGGGAGUUGAUGGACAGAGAUCGAAGACGCAAAGAACGAAAGAAAGAGGCCGACCGUGCUCGAUUAGAGCGAAAGCUUCAGCGCAAGGCUGAUCGGCAACGGGAGGAGGAAUUGCGUGGUCGCCGGGUCAAUGAUGCCUCUGGUGAUCUGACAGGCGUAGGUGAAGACGCUGAAAGAAGAGGUCGUGCAACAUUUGGCAAUUAUGGAGAAACAUCACAAGCAGCCGUGGCACGAAGGCCUCCAAGUCCUACACACAAACCGACUAAUCCAUUCGGUGAUCCGGGAAGCUCACAGGCUCGCCCGGUCCAGUAUAUUCGAAAUCCAUUUGAAGAUGAGAAAGAUAUUGAUCUCACACAAGAAUCAUUUCUCCACGAAGAAGAGGAAGAAGAACCACCGGUGCCCGUCAGAUCACCUCUCCGAACGGUUCCCCCCACCGAAGUUAGGAUCGAGCAGAAAGCAUCCCAGGCAACCACAAUAUCCCCUCCCAUUUCUCCCGUGCAACGACCCAUUGACCGCCAAAGCCUGUCUCAAACCAGCGGGUUGGCUCGUGAACUCACACCUGACAUUCCCGAACAUGGAUUGAUUGAUCGACGCGCUUCGGACCAGAGCAGUCAACAGCUCAGCUCUUGGACCAGCUUUUUCAGACGUGGAGGGAGACGGAAGACCAGUAACACUGAACGCGGUCGAAGCACGCCUUCGGAGUUCUCGAACACAUCACGCGAGUCAUUUGCCGCUCGAAAGCAACAGCCGCCGCCUGUGGUGGUUCCUCGAACGUUUCGCAGAUCUGACUCCUCUUCAGUUCCUCAAAGAACCAUGUCGAAAUUUCGGGAGGAUCUGCCCGAGCUUCCGAUUUCGCCCCCAGACUCUCGUGUUCAGUCUCCUGAAGUGAUGACUAGUCCACAAGCUGGUCAGGCGUCCCGGCAACCGCGACACUCGCUGUCCGGGACACUGGAUAAUCGAAGUCUCGCCACCAGCUCGAGCAAUGCAGCAUUGGAUCGUGGGGCAGCUGAAGCUCGUCAGGCUCAAGGUAUUGACAUUGAGAUGAGCGGGACAACCUCCGGCCUGGUGUUGUCCCAAUCACUGGCGUCAGUUGACUCCGAAGGAUCUUGGUUGUCAGGCAAACCUCCCAAGAGGCAUUCGGGCGGCAUGAGCCACCCGCUUCGACAAAGCCAAUCUUCCAUUCCGCCACAAUCCAUGCCUGGCUCUUUCGAACCGGAGGAUGAUGACCUCGCAAACGAUGAAUACCUCAACAAGUUGUCUCCGGGCUCGAGUGGACGGCGAGAUUCGGUUGCUUCUGCGGGUCGAAGAGCAAGCAGUAAUGUGAUCGACCUCGAGCGAGAACGCCAACAAAGCCCCGUUCCCAACAUCCCUCCAAUCUCUGCCGCCCCAGGUGGAGAUGAGACAUGGCACGCCGGCGUUGGGCGCCAAGCUACCGUGGUCCGGCAGCCUAAUAGAGCAAGGUCGAAGGAAGGAUUAUUGAAGGAGACAGGCAAGGACGACACAGGCACAUCUCGAAGAGCUAGCUCGGAUGUGGAGGACGAGGGGGAACUGGCAGAAGGCGAGGCGGCUGGAACGGAAUUACACGAACCAACGCUCUUGCGAGCAAGGAGUGUGGAUUACAAAGGGCAUGCGAGGCAUAUGAGCGCUGGAAGUGCGCGGUUACUGGACAUUCGGCGGUCGUCGACGCAAUCCGAACGUGCACCGCCGAAUGCCAGCCUGCCCCAGAUUGUACCACCAACCCGACGGGAACAGCCCACACGACUACCGAAAGAGUAA